AUGGCGAUCGAUGAAGUCGACAAAUGGAUUAUUCCAAUAAUCAAAUACUUGGAAAAUGACCAAUUACUCAUAGUACAAAAAAAACCUUUAUCAAACUUCGCUAACCCACCCCUAGAGAAAUGCGUAUCAGUCGAGAAUGGACGCCUAUUUCUGAAGGAAAUUCACGAGGGAAUAUGCGGAGGCCAUGAAGGCGACAACACGAUAGCAAGGAAGACAAUGCUACAAGACUACUAUUGGCCGACAAUAAAGGAAGAUGCCAAAGAACUCAUGAAAAAUGUGAUAAAUGUCAAAGACAUGACAACGUUAGCCAUAGACCGACUGUACCACAAAGCUCUCUAUAAAGCCCCUGGAUUUUCGCCAUGUGGGGAAUGGACAUAG